GGUGUCAGUGGCAGGCGGGGAAGGAGGAGGAGGAGUGUGGCAGUCUCUGCUCACUUCUCCACAGCGAGGGGACUCCGACAAUAAACAAUUCCCACAGACUGCGCGCUCCACGCCGCAGCUCGCGCACAGCCGCUCUUUGAAUAAGCGUCCCUUUUUUUUGUUCCAAGCAGAAAUGUUCAUCUUUUUUUUAUUAUUCGUCUCGGCCUCUUCGCCAUUUCCGCCUGCUGCCUAAAGUGUCGCGGCCGCUUUCAUUGGAUUUGCCUCCAGUCGCCUGAUAACGAUGCGCCUCUCCGGCUGAGCGAGCAGGUCGCUCUGCUACUCACAGCAAGAUCUGCAAAGCGUUAAGGAGCCACUAAUGGAGCAUCAGCCCUGCUGAAGGAACUCCCUGGAUAUCAACAAGGAUGUAUUAUCCCUAAAAUCUUUAUGGUUAAGUCCCACUGACUUUUCCACUGAGCAAGAAGGUUGGCCUUCCUGGGACCCUGUAGCAUUUAAAGGCACACAACAAUGCCUUGGAGGCUCACCUGCCCCAGAUUUCCUGCAGCCAUGGUUGCUGUUUCACCACACUAAGCCUACCACAGAAAGGGAUCAGAUACAGCCAGUGUAUCCAUCCUUAAAUCUUCGUAUCCUCUCUUUGCUAAAGCACAAUAUCCUUUUGUUUUUUUUACAAGUGCUUGCCAUUGUAAACCAGAUGACUUGGACAGCUAUCAUUUAACAGUAGCAUUGCUGAGCUAUAAGAAGGGAUCUGAGUAUUGAACAUGACUCAUGGGGAGGAGCCUGGCCCUGAGACACACAAGGAUUCAGCUGUUUUAACUUAUCUGGAAGGUUUACUGAUGCAUCCAGUGGUGGCCGGGCCUGGGGCCACGGCAGGUGGGAGAUCUGAGGCUUCAAACAGCAAUCAGGAGCAGAGCAACAAAGUGGGUGGGCCUUUACCACUACCAAGCCAUGACCCAACAAAAAUUAAGGCUGAAACUAACGGGCCCAAACUAGGUUCUUCACAACACCUUAAGAAGGCCCGGUUGUUGCGCUCUGGGGCAUGGAAUGAUUCAGGGAGCCAAAGACUGAGUUCACCUCCAGUAGAGCUGAAUGGCCAAGUGGGGACCCUGCAGAAUGGCGCCAUGGAGGGAUCUCCACAUGCUGGAGAGAGCACUCUGUUGGCUUCUCUACUUCAGUCAUUCAGCUCGAGGCUUCAGAGCGUAGCAAUAUCUCAACACUCUAACAAGCCUACCGGUGAGUGUUCUUCACCCUCCAAGGCACCAGCUAUGGAUAAAGAGCCACUACCUGUUUACGGCGCAGCUUCAAGUCGCCUUAAAGGCCUAAUGAGGAAGAGCAAACUUCAGAACCACAACAGCAGCCCUUAUAGUCGCCGGGGCCACAGUCAAGACAGGCCGCCUGAGUCUCCUAGAUCAGCACACAGCGCCACCCCUCCUGCAGCUCCCGCAGUGGCUGAAUCCGUGUCCUGCGCUGAACGUUUGAAGGCUGUGGCCAACAUGGUUAAAAUACGUUCUAGUCCCGUACCCUCACCAAAGCCCAGCGUAGCUUGCAGUCAACUGGCCCUACUUCUGUCCAGUGAAGCCCAUCUCCAGCAAUACUCAAGGGAGCAUGCCCUCAAAGCUCAGCUUUCAGGAAGAUCUGCCAGUGAAAGACUGGCUGCCAUGGCAAACCAUCAGCAUGGUCAGGACAAAAGGCCACCCAGUGUGGGGGGUCCUUCAGACCAAGUAAGCCCAUUAUCGCCCCAAAAUGGAAUUACAACAACAACCUCAAUAACAACGACACUCCCUCGAACAGCCGUGACCAGUCCUCAGAGCCCCUCGCUGCAGAGAAACCACAUUCAGAACCCUCCACCCACUCCCCCACAUGCUUCAAGCCUGCCUUCAAGGGAAAAGCGAGGCUUUGAUACACGUCCAACCCGCCCACCCCAAACGUGCAGCAGCUUGCUCCUGCUGUUGCUGAACAACCACAACAACCAGAAGCAACUGACCAAGAAUGGGCAUGUAGAGGAAAUAAGUGGGAUUCUUCCACAAAGUGGCUCUUCCUCAGUCACAUCAGACAGUGAGUGCUCUGUCCAUGAGAAGAGCACUACCAAGGACAGCAGCGAUGCUGAGAGCUCCUACUCAAGCUGUUCUCCCAUUGACCUCUCCCUGAGAGGCCGCAGCAGUUUACAGGACACAGUGCCCAAAAAUACACCCUCUUUCUCCUCCUCCACAUACUCUUCUUCUACCACUGUGUUCUCCUCACCCCCUGUAACAAUCUCUCCUCAAUCUUCUACCCAGGCCUCCACUAAAUCUUUUUCUCCUUCCUCUAUGGCUUCAUCUUCUGUGUCAUGUGCUAUGUCUUCAUCAUCCUCCUCCUUUACCACUUCCUCACUGGACAAAAUGACCGAAUCCCUAAUAAAUAAGUGGAAGCCAGAUCCAUCAAGACAAAUUGCAUCCAAGAACAAGGAGCGUGAAAUAAACCCAGACCUGAAAUCCCAACCUAAGGUCACACUUAUGCAACUUCUUCUUGAGCGCAGGAAUAAUGAGAUGGCAAAGAGCACAGGUAGACAAGAUUUGCCUCUUGAUAUAACUAUGGCAAACAUGUCACGAAAUCAACCUAAAGAGUCAAUUUGGAAAGAGAGCCCAACAAAAAGCAAAAUUGAAAGGCCUGCAGGCCAGUCGCAGUCCCUCUACUCAUUCAGUCGUGACCCAAGUGCUGCUCUGUCCCCGUAUUCACACCCCUCUCCACAUGUCCAGUCUAGCCCACUUGAUUUGUGUAAAUCUAAGACCUUUCCUGCCGACAAAGCAUCAGAACCAGCCUUCAGUGCCAGUAAACUGUUACAAAAUCUGGCUCAGUGUGGCACAACUUCCCCACCCCCACCUAUAUCCUCUGGAAAAGGGUUGAGUCAGGAGGUGAAUGAAAGCAGGCCUCAUGCCCUAUUGCAAAGGCUUAAUACUCCUAUCAAGAGGAACACCCCUACACCACUGUCUGAUGGAGCUUCAGGCAGUAGCACACCCUUCAGCCGUAAGGAACCAUCCCCACCUUCUUCGCAAAUUGAGAAUCUUCUGGAGAGACGCACUGUGUUGCAGCUCCUUCUCGGCACUGGUUCAGCUGGUGCUACAGCCAGCCGCAAAGAUAGACCCAGUGGGAGUAGCAGAGGAAAUGCUGAAAUGGAGGGGGGGUGCUUUGAGAGGAGCCCCACUGCCUCCAGCCUCUGUGACAGCUCCAAUGAUGCCCCUUUGGAUGUAAAAGUCAAAUCAGAGCUUACAGAGGAGCGAGGGUCAUCUCUCUCUAUGUCUGAGGAAUUGAGCAGUGUAAAGAGACUAAAUGCUUAUGAGAAUAGCCCCCUUUCAAACUCUCAACAAGACUUAAAAACAGAACCGAGGCCUGCAGAGGUCAUAGCAAAAUAUGGGCUCCUAAGCCAGCUGCUUAAACAACAGACUGCUACCUAUUAUACCAGUGCUGCUAUGCAGGCUGAGUCCCAAUCCAGACAUGUCAAAGAGGAGCAGAGGGACUAUCCAAAUCCCAGUCCUAAAAGGAGACGCAUCUGCUCUGAACACACAGACAGCUUGAACAAUAUCACUUCUCCAAGAGCAGUGGACAGCGGUAACACCAAUAUGUCUGUCUCUUCUGCUGUUCAGGUAGAACCUGAGCAGCAGAGGAGUCUCAAAGAGGAGGAGCUUCCACCGAGGAGCCCUUUGAGUGAAACUCUAACCAGAGAGAGUCGUGGCUUAAACGUUUUGAAACAGCUGCUGCUCUCUGACAACUGUUUGAAGGAGUUGUCCCAGCAGCCGCGUGGGGGCUCCAGUCCGUCUAUCCUGCAGGGCAGCGGCAAAGCCAAUGGUAACAUUCUCAGCCAGCCUACCAAUCAUAACUUCUUCCACCUGCCUAGCUGGCACCCCCAUGGUUCCCUUAACUCAGGGCUCCCAAAUCAUCUAAGACCACUACCCACCCCUCCUGAUGGCAACAACUCCAUCCGCCCAGCCCAGUGGACCCGUCAGGCGGUUCCAUGGCCCGUUGCUCAAAAACGGGAGCCCCCUACUUUAAUCAAACAGGAGCCUGAGAGCCCCGUUCGUUGGAGCAGUCAUGAAAAUGAUGGCGUGGACGAGAGCUGCGAGUCAAACCCGGACUCCCCGCGGCUGUCACGUUCCAACCCCAUCUUGUAUUACAUGUUGCAGAAGGGCAACAUCCAACUGAACAAAGAGGCACCCGAGCAGGCGGAAGGAGCUCGGCCUGUGGUCCGAGUCAAAGAGGAGCCAGUCAAUGACACGCACGCCUAUGAACGCAGCCUGAGCUCCACCCCUCAAUCACCACGCCACAAUGACAAGCACAGCCAUGAGGGCCAGGGAUUGAGCCAGUCGUCCCACUAAACAGUUGUAUCAACUACGAAAACACACGAAGUCAAAUCAAAUCCAUUGACUCCUUCUUGUUUUCAUUUUUUAUGUACUUUGCCAAAUUGGUUUGAUGAGAGAAUGACUUCCAUUUUUAAUUCAAUAAUUAAUAAAAAUGUGUGUUGCUUUCUCGACUUUAAAUGGCUGUGUCAUGAAGUGGAAAGAGAGUGGUCCCUUUUAGCAUGUAUGAUCCAACAGUACUAAAUUCUUUAUCCCCUACUCAUUCAAUGUUACUUUGCACUACCUUUAGUAUGAAACAUUUCAAGUCCUUUAUAAUUUCCUCAUUGUGUAUCUCUGAAGUGAACACAUAUCAGUUUUUCCUAUGUUCUUUCAUCAAAUAUUUAGAGAGAAUAUUUCAGGCAAAAUGUUUUAUUGAUGAUUCAAAAUAGCUCACUGAGCUUGUGUUAAAUUUUCUCCAUCUGAGCAUGUUCAGAAAUAAAAAAAUCCUAAUGAUUUUUAAUUGGAUUUCAGUUCAAUCCAUUCCCAGAUAAUUAAAGCUUCUUAAUGAAAACUGUGCACAUUAUAGAAGGACCUUAGAAAAAACAGAAGUCACACCACAGUACCCUCAGAUUCAGAUUCUACCACUAUGAAUGCUUUAUUUAGCUUUUCCUCAGAAUUCAGGGCUGUUGGGAAAGAAUUUAUCAUUGGAGAUUCAGUCACUGUGUUCAGCUUCUUUUCUUUGUGCUGAACCUUUAAGGGUGAGAUUCGACAGUGCAAAUUCAGGGUAAUGUGUUUGCAGAUUGUGCAGUUUUUCGCAGAUGGGUCAACAUGAAAGCGUUUGGCGCUUACAGUUGAACAAGGCUGUGUAAACAGGUUUCUGGAGCAACAGUAAAAGGCUUCUUUGUCUGAGUGACUUAUCUCACCAUCCUGGUGAAGAAAAAAAGAAAAAGAGAGAAGCACACAAAAAAAUUGAGUGAGAUGCACAUGGCGCUUUUUUUCAUGUAAUAUAAGACUACCUGGAGUGUGCACUAUCGAAACUGAGCCCUUGGUGUCCUUUUUAUUUUUUAGAAAAAUAAUAAUUUAAUGGCAUGUAAUGAAAAAAAAAGUCAGUAUUGUUAUCUUUUCAGAAUUUGGUAGUUUGUGAUUUUCUUUUCUUAUUUUCUUAACUCUUGUGCUCUGCAUAUAUGUUUUAUGUUUGUGGAAUCUCUUACUCAUAACACAUCAAAAGAAUUGCAUGUCGAUGAAGAGAAGACCACAGGUACCUGUUUGUUUCAGAGCAGCUGGAUACAUGCACCCACCUGCCCACCAAUCACAGAGACUCUUUUUGUCUUAAAGGGUAUCUGGUAUUUAGCGCUUUAUUUUGGUUUCACUCUGCUAUGUUCGUUUAGUUGUAUUUUUAAUACAUAUACUUCUAACAUAUGUCUCUUCGAUUAUUACUACGUUUUCACGAUGGUUGAAUAAAUUGUGUAAAUAGUACUUUCAGUAUGGAAGAUGACUAUUUUGUAAUGUUUAAAAAAAAGAUAUUGCCCUAGUUUUUAAUGCCCUGAAAUGUAAAUACUGAUUAUAUGCGUACAAGUGUACAUACAAAGGCAGAGGAUACUAUGCCCAUCUUUUCUUUUUUUUUUUUUUUUUGGGUUGGUUUGUUCUUUGCAUGUGUCUCUAUGUGGUAAAUGAUAAUCUAUCCUGCGCUGUGUUGUGUAAUAAUGUCUGACUCUCCUCACUGCUGCCUGUUGCAUGCAGACGCAUGGGAACUACCUGUGUAUCCCUACUGGUGAUGGGGGAAAAUGUCAAGUCUUAAAAUAGGUCUUCUUUUCUCUUUUUUUUUUUUUUUUUUUCCUUAUCACAGAUCAUGAGGUCGGCUUAGAAUAUGAGCAGUCCCUUAUUAACAGCAGAAUGUUGAACAAGCUGAUGGAAAAAUGUGUGAAAAAUAAAUGUGGAUUGACUAUU